AUGUAUGGAACGGAUAUGAACUCUGCGCCGGAGAUUGCAACACUACUAAAAUUAUCUCCAGUUGACAGAGGAUUCAGGGACUCAUUGGAGCUUCUUGAUGAUUUAGGAAUAAAGGCACAAAUGCCAAGUUUUUUAACGAAAGAUCAAAAACAGAUGAUUAUAACAGAUGAUGCCAAUACAAGCAGAUUAGUUACUAAGGUCCGAUGGGAAGUAGAGUCUGCUAAUGCAAGAAUCAAGAGAUGGAAAUAUCUGAGCAAUGUUUUACCAAAUAAACAAGUUCCAUAUAUCGGAGAUUAUGUUUGCAUUGUAUGUGGAAUAUCAAAUGAAUAUUUGCCGCCGUUGUCUCCAGGAUGUGAUAAUGAAGAAGCAUUGGCUGCAAAAAUGCUCCAUCUGUCGAAAAGAGUAAAUACACUGAAACAGAUGGUAGAAGAAGAAAAUUUGGAGAGUCGUAAAACAAUUCGGAAAGAGCCAGAUAAUACUUUAGAAGAUUUUCCACUUCUUGAUGAAGAAGAUCUUAGAAACAUAACGCAUAAUCAGGAUAUUUCUUAUGGAGUCCAGAAUUGGGGAGCAUAUCUAGAAGAUACAGCAUCAAUUCAACAAGCCGUAGAUGAAAGUGAGGAGCGUGUCGUUGAAGAAUAG